AAAAAGAAACAACUCGCAACAAGAAUUGGUUUAAUUUACAAUAAUCAAAUUAAUAUGUACCUAGGAGGCUAGGACUUAUCGUUUCUUCUCUCUACCAUCCAUGAUUCCGUGAGAGAUCUUAUUCCGUUUUACAGUUACUGUAAGUCUGCAAAGAUUAAGUAAUUGCACGAUCUCCCAUUUGUUUUUAUUCUACGUUUUCUAUUUUCCAUUUUUGGUUACCUUUGUUUUGUUCUUCUCUUUCGUUUGUGGUUCUCACGCUCUUAUGAUAAUUAAUUCAACAAUGAAACUACAAUGUGAGUUGUUUUAUUCAAUUAAGCCUUUGAGUUUUCUUCACGCACAGACCUAUUCAUUUUUCCUUUUAUAAAAUACAGGUUUGUCCCAGCGCCGGCACUGACCACAAUUGUCAUUAGUAUUGGUACUUGUGAUUAAGUGGUGUUCGAUAUUUCAAAGUUUUUUGUUCUCUCACAUGAACAAAGAUCAUUAACUCUGUCUGAUUUGUGUUAAACGCAUUUACUUCUCACAAUCAUUUUCAUUUACAGAAGCACAUUGUCGAAGAGAAACGCUUAAGGCAUAUGAACACAUGAUCGAGGAAAUUCACAAACAGAUACAUUAAAAGAAGAAGUGAUAAGACGAUAUUAUUGGAGAUGAAUUUCACAGAAUCGAUGAACGUUGUGCACAGCAGAAUCCAACAACUUGAACCUGAAAAUGCAUCAAAAAUCAUCGGUUAUCUCUUGAUGCAAGACCAUGGGGACCUUGACAUGAUCCGUCUCGCCUUCUGUCCAGAUUCUGUGAUGCAUUCCAUGAUCAACUUCGUGAAAUACGAAUUAGCUAAAGAUCCUCGUUACAACAGCCCUCCUUCUGAUCACGCUCCUACGCUUAGUUUCGGAUCAUUCACUGGUUCAUCUAUCCAGCCUCCCUCCGUUUCGGUUUCUCCUCCUCUGAGAACCGGUUAUUGGGAGAACUCAACCGAGGUGGAUUCGUUGCAUAGCAAUGUUCAGUUCUUGAACUUUGAGGAUUCUAUGACGAGCACUGAGUUCUCUAAUGGCUUCUUCUCUCGAGAUCAUCAAUGCUUGCCUUUAAGAACAAGCAGGAGAUCACCAAGUUUACCCGAGUUUCCAGUAAAAAUAUGUCAUUACUUCAACAAAGGGUACUGCAAACAUGGCAACAACUGCCGGUAUUUCCACGGGCAGAUCAUACCGGAGAGAGAGGGUUUCUCUCAGAUGUUUAAUCCAAACAACAUAAGUGAUGAAGAACAUGUUGUUUCUCCCGGAUCACUUGAGAAACUAGAAGGAGAGAUCAUCGAGCUGCUCAAAUCGAGAAGAGGCGCUCCCAUUUCCAUUGCUUCAUUGCCAGUGAUGUACUAUGAAAAAUACGCAAGGACCCUUCAAGCUGAAGGAUAUCUCACAGAGUCACAAAGACAUGGCAAAGCUGGCUAUAGCCUCACCAAGCUUCUUGCUCGCUUGAACAACACCAUCCUCCUCAUCGACAGGCCUCAUGGUCAGCAUUCGGUUAUAUUAGCAGAAGAUGUAUCGAAGUUUGUGGAAUACAUGGGAGAGAGAAACGAACAUGGAGCCAUCCUUGCCGGUUCCAGGCAGAUUUACUUGACCUUUCCAGCAGAGAGUAGUUUCACUGAACAUGAUGUCUCAAACUACUUCUCCAAAUUCGGACUUGUUGAAGAUGUGAGGAUUCCUUGUCAACAGAAGAGAAUGUUUGGAUUUGUAACAUUUGUUUACACAGAAAGCGUCAAACACAUUCUCGCUAAAGGCAAUCCUCAUUUCAUAUGCGGGGCCCGUGUUCUCGUCAAGCCUUACCGGGAAAAAUCACGCUCUAGUCGAUACCUUGACAACAACAAGCCUCUUCACAGGAUGCGGUAUGGCUCUCAAUACAUUGACAGAGACUUGGAGAUGAACACAUUACCACCACGAGUUAGCGAGAGCUCAAGACUAAUGAGGAAUCAGUUUCUUGGGGAACAUGAGCAAUCAGUUUCGAAGUCUUUACCUACCAAUUACUCUUAUCUUGGCUUCUCCCAGGACUUCAGGAUAACAUCAGAUGCGGAGCAAGAGGAACAAGUAGGACGGUUGAGCUAUCUGCUGGACUAUUUGAACACUGAAGAAAAUGUCAUGAACAUAACCACAAACUACAAAGACACUGAUCGGAGAAUCCAUUGUGAUCCUUUGGACAACCAAGUCUUGAACCUACCAGAGAGUCCUUUUUCUUCCCUUUCUGGGAAGGAGAUUUCGACAGUUACCUAGAGAUGAAGAGAUUAAUAUCUAACCAAAAGGGAGAAGAAGAUAGGAACAUAAAGGUUAGAGGAAAUUCCCAAAUAUCUAAUAAUCAUCAAUCCGCAAAAAGAGUCUUCUUUAUAUUCUUCUUGCCCGGAAACCUUAGCAUCAUUAGCAAUAACGCCUAAGAGAUAAAAAAAAAGAGAGGUGACAGAAACUUUCUUUUACUACAGCAUGAGCCAAGCAGAGACAUAAAAGUACAGGGGUUACAUUAAUAAUUGAAAUCUUUCAGAAGGUUUACUUAUCUGUUUUCACUCUCUCUUAUCAACUUUAUGAUGCUGAUAGAUCAUAUCUCAUUGUAACAUAUGACAAUCAUUCUAGUUUUAAAA